CCAAAACCCAACACUGUUUCUCUUCGACGCCGCGUUUUGUCGCCGUCGUUGAACUCUUUUCAACCGGCGUCGAAUCUCGUUUCGUCGCCGUCGUUGACUCGUUUCAACCGGCGUCGAUUCUCGUUUCGUCGCCGUCAUUAACUCCACCGCUGAUUAAUGACUAUCUCCGACGGAAAAUCCGAUCCCGGCGGCGAUGACCGAGACUCUGAAAUCGCUAAAGAAACCGAAUUAGUGUUUCUCCGUAAUUGCGUGAAGGAGUUAGAAGUGGAAAAUGCUAAAUUAUUGUCUCAGGUUUCAAGCUGCCAAUGCCAACAGAUGGAAGUGAAGCAUGAUCGGUCAGUGUCAGAUUCUAGUAGCUUAGUUAGGAGAAGGAGAGUUAGAAAAGGAGAUAAGAAUAGUAUACCGAGUCAUCUUAUCUCGAAGAGAUAUGUUGCACUAAAAAUCAUGUAUUUUGGUAAGAGAUUUUACGGCUUUUCGGCUGAAGCACAAAUGGAACCAAGUAUUGAGUCAGAAGUUUUUAAAGCACUUGAAAGGACACGGCUUUUAGUUGGGGACAAGAAAGAUUCUUGUUACUCGAGAUGUGGAAGAACAGAUAAAGGUGUUUCGUCCACAGGGCAGGUGAUUGCUUUGUUCUUAAGAUCCAGACUGAAGUCACCUCCUGGAGACUCUAAAGCCCAAGUUAAUGGGAAAACGGGUGAAAGACCAGAAUAUGAUUAUGUAAGAGUUCUAAAUCGUGCUCUCCCUGAUGACAUCCGAGUUAUUGGAUGGUCUCCUGCUCCUGUUGACUUUCAUGCAAGGUUUAGUUGCUAUGCUAGAGAAUACAAAUAUUUUUUCUGGAGGCAGAACCUGAAUCUUUCGGCCAUGGACAUUGCCGGGAAGAAGUUCAUUGGGGAGCAUGAUUUCAGGAACUUCUGCAAGAUGGACGUGGCAAAUGUGCAUUGCUAUACACGACGUGUUACUUUCUUUGAAGUCUCUCCUUGUCAAAAUAGUCACGAGGGUGAUCAGCUUUGCAUAUUUACAAUGAGAGGCAGUGCUUUCCUGUGGCACCAGAUCCGCUGCAUGGUCGCCGUGCUAUUCAUGAUUGGGCAGGGCGUUGAAUCAGUUGAUGUGAUAGAUACAUUGUUGGAUACGAAGAAAACGCCAAGAAAACCUCAAUACCUCUUGGCCUCAGAGAUACCCUUAGUCCUCCGUACAUGUGAAUUUGAAAAUGUUGACUUCAAAUGUUCUCCAGGCGCUGCAGAGUCACUGCGAUCUCAUUUCAAGAAUGAAUCGUUGACAUACCAAUUAGAGUCUGUGAUUUACCAGGAGGCUCUCCGGAACUGUUUACCUCUAAGCAAUGUUUCAACAGAGGAAAGCUCAUGCAAUGACAUAGAGAAAAAGAAGAAAAGAGCAGAACACGUUCCCCUAUUAUCUCGACCAACUGAGCCGUCGUACGAAGAACGAGCUGCAAAAUUGAAACCAAGGAAACAAGAAACUUGUCAUGUGUAGUGUAAGGGGGCAUCUCGGUGACCAUCAAAAGAAUAGAGAGGCUUUGAGUCUGUUGUUCGUAGCAGUUGAUUGUUUGACGGUUUAUCGAUUGAUUACGUAUACAGUAAAACCUCUGUAAGAUAAUAUACUAAUGUAUGGUUUAAAUAUUUUUCUAAGAAAUUAAAUUUUCGUUA